CCAACGUCUUUUCCUCCAAAAUGCAAUCGCAAACUUGAACUUGAUCUUGCGUUCGAAGCUUUUUGUAGCAAAGCAGACCGUGGCCGGGCUAAGGUUUAUCGCAUCAAUUACAUGGAACUAUGAACGACCGAAGACAAAUCGAACAAGAAAGACCCAAUCGUACUGCUGUCGGUUUCGCGCGCGCGGUUCUGUUCCACCUGCUGUAGAGAGCUUGGAGACUGCGGGCUGUAUUUUCCGGCAAAUGAUCAUAGAAGUCCGGCGGCUGAAGUCGAUGUGACGGAAGCGUUUAGGGUUUCCGUCGGCCAUGGAUCGCAUUGAGGCGGUGAAGGGCCUCCCCUUCAGAAUCGGCUACACCGGGCACAGCGGCCACCUGAGAAUCGAGCCUCUCCCCCCCGUGGACCGCCCCAAUCCUUUAAGCUCUCUUCCUGAUCUCGUUCUCCCCCCGGCAUUCGAGCCAAUUUCGGAGGAGACCAUCAGGAAGGACAUUGAGGAGAAGUAUUUGACUCCAAGGCUUGAUGACGACCUGUUCUCUCCGGCGGCAUGUGGUCGCCAGUGGGAUUUCGAUUGGUUUGAUAGGUACAGGAUUGAGCUUGACCCGACGAUGCCGCGGACGGUCGUGGUUCCUUCCUGGGAACCGCCUUUCAGGCGAAACAACAUCAAGAAUGCGGAGGAAGAUGCCCAUUCGGCGGAGUUGUGGAUUCCCGACUCGGUGGAGAUUGAGAUGACAGAUCUGUUAAAUGGGGAAGGUGAUUUUGCAUCUGUUCCUCGUUUGCCUGGUCCUGCAAAAGACUUUGUUCGAGGUACCAGUGGCAAUCGCCCUUUCCGUCCUGGAGGUUUGGAGCAAUCUCAAUCAUCAGAGAGAGUUAUCCCUGAAGGAGCUUUGAAUGGUGAGUGGGUACGUGAGGUACUUGAUGGUGGGCCCCCUCAGACCAUUCCUCCUGGCUUCAAACAAGGCCUGGAUCUUGGUCCUCUGAAGGCUUAUGAUUACUCAUGGAAAAUUGUUAAUACAUCAAAUGCGCUCAAGAAGCCCUUAGACGGUAAAACGACGAAUUUGUCUUUGCAAUUUGAGAGUGUAUUAAAAAGGGUACUGGAACAAGACGUGGCUGAGCAAGAAAAUAAUGAUGGAAAAUCCUUAGAAGUAAAGUCCGUUAUAUCUGAAGCAGAGGUUGGAAUUGGAAGAAAUGAUGCAAGUUCAGCUGCUGAGUCAGUAGUUUUGGAUGACAUACUGUUUAAAGAACAUGAAGUUACAGACCAGAAAGUGGAAGGUGACACUCUUGAUGGGCAGGGAAAAGAGGUUUGGGCAGUCACUGGAGGAAGUCGGGAGAUUUCAAAUCGUUUUUACGAACUUGUUCCUGACAUGGCCCUAGAGUUUCCCUUUGAGCUUGAUACAUUCCAGAAAGAGGCCAUAUAUUAUCUCGAAAAGGGUGAAUCUGUUUUUGUUGCUGCACAUACAUCUGCAGGAAAGACUGUUGUUGCAGAAUAUGCAUUUGCAUUGGCGUCAAAGCAUUGCACAAGAGCAGUUUAUACUGCACCUAUCAAAACCAUCAGCAAUCAGAAGUACAGGGAUUUUUGCGGGAAAUUUGAUGUUGGCCUUCUUACUGGAGAUAUAAGCUUGAGGCCUGAGGCUUCUUGCCUUAUCAUGACCACUGAAAUUCUAAGGUCAAUGCUGUAUAGAGGUGCUGACAUAAUACGAGAUAUUGAAUGGGUCAUAUUUGAUGAGGUGCACUAUGUAAAUGAUGUAGAGCGAGGUGUUGUAUGGGAAGAAGUCAUCAUUAUGCUCCCUAGGCAUGUCAAUAUUAUCCUUCUUUCUGCAACUGUGCCAAAUACGCUAGAGUUUGCAGAUUGGAUUGGGCGGACAAAACAAAAGAAAAUUCGACUUACUGGAACCUCUCGAAGGCCUGUUCCGCUGGAGCAUUGCUUAUUUUACUCAGGAGAAUUGUAUAAAGUUUGUGAGAAUGAACAAUUUCUGCCACAAGGAUUCAAGGCUGCUAAAGAUGCAUACAAGAAAAAAAAUGCUGUUAAGCCUGGAGCAGGAUCAUCAGGGGGAUCUUCGGCUGUAAGAAGGCACCAAGAAAAUCCAAACCAUGGAAAAACUCAGAAACUAAAAGGGCCCCCAUCAACAGGAAAUGUAUCCCGGAUAGUUAACUUCCAGCAAAAUAGUUUGGGACUAAGAAGAACGGAGUCCUCUCCCUGGCUUACGCUUAUAACAAAGCUUUUGAAGAAGUCUCUUUUACCUGCAGUCAUAUUUUGUUUUUCAAAGAACCGAUGUGAUAAAUCAGCAGAUUGUCUUGCUAGUGCCGACUACACAACCAGCUCUGAGAAAAGUGAAAUUCGUGUUUUCUGUGACAAGGCUUUUUCACGACUGAAGGGAUCUGACAGGAACCUUCCCCAGAUUGUCAGGGUUCAAAAUCUGUUACGUAGAGGAAUUGGUGUGCACCAUGCUGGGCUUCUUCCUAUUGUCAAGGAAGUCAUUGAGAUGCUCUUUUGUCGUGGCUUCAUUAAGGUAUUAUUCUCAACGGAGACAUUUGCUAUGGGGGUCAAUGCCCCUGCUAGAACAGUUGUAUUUGAUUCAUUGAGGAAAUUUGAUGGAAAAGAAUUCCGGCAAUUGCUACCUGGUGAAUACACUCAAAUGGCUGGCCGUGCUGGCCGCAGGGGGCUUGAUAAUAUUGGAACUGUUAUCGUUAUCUGCAGAGAUGAUGUUCCAGAUGAAACAAAUCUGAAGCGUGUCAUGGUUGGGAGCCCAACAAGACUCGAAUCCCAAUUUCGCUUGACCUAUAUCAUGAUUCUUCAUCUGCUUCGUGUGGAGGAAUUGAAGGUUGAAGACAUGUUAAAGAGAAGUUUUGCAGAAUUCCAUGCUCAAAAAAAAUUGCCAGAGAAACAGCAGUUACUUCUACUGAAGUUAUCCCAAGCCCAUAAACCUAUUGAUUGUAUCAAUUGUGAGGGAACAAUUGAAGAAUACUACACCAUGUGUGCGGAAGUGGAGAAGUUAGGAAAUCGUGUGUCAGAGGCAAUAAUGCAGUGUCAUACUGCUCAACAGUUCCUUUCUCCUGGAAGAGUAGUAGCUGUGAGAUCACAUCUGGGUGAAGAACAUCUUCUUGGGGUUGUUCUGAAAUCUCCCUCUGCUAGCAAUAAAUGUUAUAUUGUUUUAGUAUUGAAAGCUGAAUCGCCAUCUACUUCACAAACGGAUUCAAAUUCAGAUGUGGUGUCGCAAGCAAAAGAGAGUGGGAAUGUGCCACAAGGCUAUUAUAUUGCUCCAAAAGGAAAGCGUGGUGGGGAUGAAGAAUAUUUUUCUUCAGUUGUUUCACGUAAAGGAACAGGUGCAGUAAAUAUUAACUUGCCUUAUAGUGGAAAAGCAGCUGGAGUGAAUUAUGAAGUUGUUGGGGUUGAAAGUAAUGACAUGCUAAUCAUAUACAAAGAAAAGUUGAAGAUUGAUCAGGUGCGUCUUCUUGAGGAUGUCAGUCCUGCUGCAUAUUCAAAGGCUGUCCAACAACUGUUACUUCUCAAGACUGAUGGAAGGAAUCUACCUUCUGUUGAUCCUUACAAAGAUCUCAAGAUAAAGGAUGUACAUGUGGCCGAGGAUUACCAAUCAUUGAACAUGUUACUAGCUAAGAUCAGCCAAAGCAGGUGCAGUGGUUGCACAAAGCUGCGUGAGCACAUCUUACUUCUAAAAGAGCAACACAAGCAUAGAGAAGAAGUAAAUGCAUUAAGAUAUCAAAUGUCUGAUGAAGCACUGCAGCAGAUGCCAGACUUCCAAGGCAGAAUUGAUGUACUGAAAGAAAUUGGAUGCAUUGAUGAUGACCUUGUCGUCCAAAUCAAGGGCAGGGUGGCAUGUGAAAUGAACUCUGGGGAGGAGUUGAUAUCAACUGAGUGCUUAUUUGAGAACCAACUAGAUGAUCUGGAACCGGCUGAAGCUGUGGCCCUGAUGUCUGCUCUUGUAUUUCAGCAAACAAACACAUCUGAACCGUCUCUAACACCAAAGCUUGCAAGAGCCAGGCAAAGAUUGUUCGAAACUGCAAUUAAGCUUGGGGAGCUCCAAGCGUUCUUCAAACUCGCAGUAAAUCCUGAAGAUUAUGCAAGAGACAAUUUAAAGUUCGGCCUUAUGGAAGUGGUUUACGAAUGGGCAAAGGGCUCGCCAUUCGUCGACAUAUGUCAACUAACCGACGUGCCGGAAGGCUUGAUCGUCAGAACUAUUGUCCGGCUAGACGAAACCUGCAGGGAAUUUAAGAACGCUGCUGCAAUAAUGGGCAAUUCUGGACUUUACAAGAAAAUGGAAGCCGCAUCAGAAGCUAUCAAGCGUGAUAUCGUAUUUGCCGCCAGUUUGUACGUCACAGGAAUCUAAUCCUUCAAUUAAACAUUUUUUUAAUUUGCCUAA